UAAGCAGCUCCUCUGAAGACAGUAGUGAAGAAAAGGAUGAAGAAAUAAGCGAAGAGAGUGAUAUUGAAGACAAAACUGGAGUGAGCUUGGCAUCUUCUGCCUGCCCUCAAAGUACACAAAUCCCACUGUUAAACUGACAUGGGGAAGGAAUGGAAAGGGGUAUUUGCAAUGUGGCGAAGGCCCUCCAGCAAGUUCACUUUCGGCCUUUAAUGUGCUGGUCACUGGCACAUACCACCUCAUCACUGGGAAGGAAGAACCUGAGCUGCACAUAAGAAGGGAAAUGGAAGAAAGAACAAUUACUAUAGAAAUCCCUGAAGUUCUGAAGAAGAAGCUUGAGGAUGAUUGUUACUAUAUCAACAGGAGGAAGCGGUUAGUGAAGCUUCCAUGUCAGACCAACAUCAUAACUAUCUUGGAAUCCUAUGUGAAACAUUUUGCUAUCAAUGCAGCCUUUUCAGCCAACGAGAGGCCUCGUCACCACCAUGUCAUGCAACACGCCAACAUGAAUGUGCAUUAUGUCCCAGCAGAAAAGAAUGUUGAUCUUUGCAAGGAGAUGGUGGAUGGCUUAAGAAUAACCUUUGACUACACUCUCCCGCUGGUUUUGCUCUAUCCAUAUGAGCAAGUUCAGUAUAAAAAGGUGACUUCAUCCAAAUUUUUUCUUCCAAUUAAGGAGAGCGCCACAAGCACUAACAGGAACCAGGAGGAGCUCUCACCGAGCCCACCACUGUUGAACCCAUCUACACCGCAGUCCACCGAGAGCCAGCCCACCACAGGGGAACCGGCGACCCCAAAGAGGCGCAAAGCAGAGCCUGAAGCCUUGCAGUCUCUGAGGCGGUCCACACGCCAUUCCGCCAACUGCGACCGGCUUUCCGAGAGCAGUGCCUCGCCUCAGCCGAAGCGUCGGCAGCAGGACACGUCAGCCAGCAUGCCCAAGCUGUUCCUGCACCUGGAGAAGAAGACACCUGUGCAUAGCCGAUCCUCCUCACCCGUCCCCCUGACCCCUAGCAAGGAGGGGAGUGCUGUGUUUGCUGGCUUCGAAGGCAGAAGAACUAAUGAGAUAAACGAGGUCCUCUCCUGGAAACUCGUGCCUGACAGUUACCCCCCAAGUGACCAGCCGCCUCCACCCUCUUAUAUUUAUGGGGCACAACACUUGCUGCGAUUGUUUGUAAAACUUCCAGAAAUCCUUGGAAAGAUGUCCUUUUCUGAGAAGAAUCUGAAGGCUUUGCUGAAGCACUUUGAUCUCUUUCUGAGGUUUUUAGCAGAAUACCAUGAUGACUUCUUCCCUGAGUCUGCCUAUGUGGCCGCCUGUGAGGCGCACUACAGCACCAAGAACCCCAGGGCCAUUUAUUGAAGCUGCAAGCUUCUGGAAGAACAGCUGCUCUUUCCAGCUUUGUACUCGGGUUCCUAGCGAGAGCUGGAAUUGGUGGGCCUUUAGUGAGAGAGCAGGUGGGAUGACCACCCUGGGGUGAGGAGUAGGGCCCUCUGGCAGAGACAGGCCCAUUUAUUUGAGUUUGUUCACACUCUAGGUUAUUUGUGUUAAGGGUUGCCUCCUUGGAGCCUGAAUAGGCUCCCACGUCUGACUCUUGUCCCUGCAUCUGUCUGUCAUGGCAGAAAAAGAGCAGCUUUGUUGACAGUGAAACGUUCUUGUGUAGGGUAGAUUGUUUGAGUAGACAUUAUAGUUAUUUGUUAGCAAUAACCCGUUGUACAGUUAUUUGUUAGCAUUAAGCAAACCUGUUUUACAGUUUUGGAGCUCUGUCUAACAAAUGUUAGUUCUGCUUGGAAACUGCAAGAGUCCCAAAAUAUCUUAGAGGGAGUUGAUGCUGAUGGUAAAAGAAAAUUUACAGCUAUACAUUUGCUUCUUACAGUUCCUUUUCUGUUAAACCUUAUUUUUGGUGAUCUAAAUAAAGUGUUGCCCGCCUUGUUUGAGAUUGCACAGCUAUACUUUGUUGUGUAAUGUUAUGGUUCUCUUUCUGUUAAAUGUUAUUUUUGGUGGUCCAAAUAAAGCAUUGCCUGUCUUGUUUGA